GCGUUGUUAGCGUUCUUAGACAUGUGCAGCUACGUGUACUGUAAUUGGAGAACAAGGAAGCGGAAGAUGUGUAUGAAAAGUAAUGGUUAAGAUUAUGGAAUUUUAAGUCACGAACUGUCUGCUAUUCAUGUUUUUAGUAGAUAUGUGCAUUUCGGUAUAGUAUACAAUAAUUCGUUUGACAGUGUGGAGCUUAAUGGAAUUUAAGCACAUGAAGUGAUAUGACAUUGCGUGUUAAAUACUGUAGCACUGGUGUGGCAUCAUGUUUGACAAGCACGUAAUUCAUAGGUUUGCUGUGCUAUAGCAGCUCAAAGAUUUAAUUGAACGAUUUGAAGAGAAAUUGUAAUGUGUAUAGGCUGCUGGUUUGUUGGCUAUAUUGCAAGUCUGAAGGGAAGGAUCUGACUUGGGUAAGCUGGUUGGACGGCUGUAAGAACCAACAUCCAUGUCUCAAGUCGCUGAUAAUUCCUGCCUGAAGCAAAGCAUUUACACCAUUGAUGGAAUGGGGGAAGGAAAACAGGAUUGGAAAUUUUGUGUGAGAGUGGAUACUCUUCUCCAAGAAUCAGUGCUUGUGGUGGGAAGCUGUCCUGACCUUGGAAACUGGAACAGUGCUGGUGCUGUGGAACUCACCAGUGAAGGGGAAGGCACAUGGUCAGGAGUCAUCAGUAUUCCAAGGGAUUGUAAUGUCAUGUUCCGUUACUUUGUGGGCAUAGUAUUCAAACCAGAUGAAGAGAAAUUUACUUCAAGGCAGGUGAUUGUCCGGCGGUGGGAAACCAACCUGAAUCCUCGCAUCAUACAUAAAGGAGUUGUUUCAAAUAAUCAACAAGUGAUGGAACCAGACAUCUUUGGCCUGUAUGACAGCUGCAAGAUGACAGACCGAGGGUGGCUCACUACAGAAACAGUGGUUCAGUUUAAGCUUUUUGAGAAUCCCAUACAGUUCUGGAAGCACAAAUAUGAAGGAAGAAAGGUUCAUAUAAAGCUUACCCCUCUGAUGCUUUCAAAAGGAAGGACACUUGUAGAAUAUACACCAACAUCAGACAUCUUUGAGGAGAGCAUGGAUACACAGGAUGUUGGUGAGGAGCGAGACAAAUGGCCAAUCACAGAGAUUGCUGUAAUGAAUGAGAAUGAGUGGGAGUUCCAGCUACAGGAGCAAUUUGGACGAGCAUACAAUCCUAAUGACUGUAUAAUCUUCAGUGUGAGCAUGCAUUUUCCUGAAGCUGUGGCAUACAUGAUGGAUUAUUACAUGUACAGUUCAUCCUCAGUUGAGAACAGCCCUCCCUACCAUAUUGGGUUCAGUUAUAUCUUGCCUAGCAUGAUGAGCUCCAGUGAGGGUCAGGCCAUUGUUCCCAUUACCAGCCGCAGCCAUCGUCCUAUUGGUCAGCUGAAAUUUGACUACUUGGUGGUGCACCCCAUCAGUGGAUAUGAAUGUGACAUGAGUGUAUCAUAUAGUCGCAUAUGGAAGAAAACGUGGCAAGGGCUUGAUGUGGGGCACCGUGGUCUUGGAACAUCCUUCAAGCUUGAAGUGGCAGAAUGCGCAGAUGUCCGUGAAAACACAAUAGCAUCACUGAAGAAUGCAGCUUCAGCAGGAGCUGAUUUGGUAGAGUUUGAUAUUCAGCUUUCAAAGGACUUAAUACCAGUCUUGUACCAUGACUUUCAUGUGUGCAUUGCAUUGAAGCACAAGAAGCAGCUGGCAGAGCAUGACAUGCUAGAGUUACCAGUGAAGGAGCUUACACUGGAACAGUUACAGCAUCUAAAGGUGUACCACUUGGCUGAAGGGAAGAAUAAAAGUCAGCGCUUCUUUGAUGAAGACUUGGAGGAGCAUCAACCAUUCCCAACCCUACAUAGGGCGUUAGACUCUGUUGACCCUCAUGUGGGAUUCAAUAUUGAGAUCAAAUGGACCAUGCAGCUGAAGGAUGGUACAUAUGAGCUGAACCACCCAUUUGACCUGAACAUGUAUCUGGACACUAUUCUUAAGGUGGUUCUCCAUUCUGCAGGCAGUCGUAAGAUCAUAUUCUCAUGCUUCCAUCCAGACAUCUGCACAAUGCUUCGUCUUAAACAGAACAAGUAUCCUGUCAUCUUCCUAACUCAGGGAGUGACAAAAAAAUAUCCUGCUUACAGGGAUCCUCGGACACAGACUAUGUCAAUGGCUGUGAACUAUGCUAUUAGUGCUGGAAUACUUGGUAUUAAUGCUCAUACAGAAGACAUUCUACGAGACACAACCCAAGUGAAAAUGGUGAUGGAUGCAGGGCUUAUCAUCUUCUGUUGGGGUGAUGAUAACAACAAUCCUGCCACAAUCAAGCAUCUUAAACAGCUUGGUAUUCAUGGUGUUAUUUAUGACAAAAUUGACAAGUACAGCUCCAAGGAAGUUAAGGAGAGUAUAUUUCUGGUUGAAGCAAGGGAGAUGCAGAACCAGCUGCUGAAAGCAGCAGAGGAGCUGGAGGAUGCUUCACAGUCACCUCUUCCUUCCAUAUCAUUGCCUCCAACUUCGGAAUUUGAAUUAGAUGACUUGGAAAAUACUCAGAAGAGACU